AGUCCAACUGAAUUCCAUGACCCGAGAAAAAAAUUGGAUAGCGCCAAGACUGAAGAUUCCCUGAGGCGCAAGGGCAGAAACAGGUCCGACCGUAGCAGCCUGGUUAAUAUGCACAUUCUCCAAGCCUCCACAGCAGAGAGAUCCAUUCCAACUGCUCAGAUGAAGCUGAAAAGAGCCCGCCUUGCAGAUGACCUCAACGAGAAGAUUGCUCUCCGCCCAGGGCCCUUGGAACUGGUGGAGAAGAACAUUCUGCCUAUGGAUUCUUCAGUGAAAGAAGCUAUAAAAGGUACUGAGGUGAGCUUCUCCAAAGCAGCAGAUGCCUUUGCCUUUGAGGAUGACAGCAGCAAGGAUGGGCUUUCCCCAGAUCAGGCUCGGAGCGAGGACCCCCAAGGCUCUACAGGAUCGACCCCAGAUGUCAAAUCCACUGAGGCUUCUCUGUCUGGUCCUCUGGACACAAUCCAGGAUCUCGCUCCUGGCUCAGAAAGUGACAAGAACGAUGCAGCCUCCCAGUCAAGCAACCAGUCAGACUCUGGGAAGCAGGUGCUCGGCCCCCUCGGCACCCCGAUCCCUGUGCACACUGCUGUAAAGUCCAAGUCUUUGGGUGAUAGUAAGAACCGCCACAAAAAGCCCAAAGACCCCAAACCAAAGGUGAAGAAGCUCAAAUACCACCAGUACAUACCCCCCGACCAGAAGGCAGAGAAGUCCCCCCCACCCAUGGACUCUGCCUAUGCCCGGCUGCUUCAGCAACAGCAGCUAUUCCUACAGCUACAGAUCCUCAGCCAGCAGCAGCAGCAGCAGCAGCAGCAGCAGCAGCAGCAGCAGCAGCAGCAGCAGCAGCGGUUCAGCUACCCUGGGAUGCACCAAGCACACCUCAAAGAACCAAAUGAACAGAUGACCAGAAAUCCGAAUUCUUCCUCAACACCACUGAGCAAUACCCCUCUGUCCCCCGUCAAAAAUAGCCUUUCUGGACAAACUAGUGUCUCUUCUCUCAAACCAGGCCCCCUUCCACCAAACCUGGAUGAUCUCAAGGUGUCAGAAUUAAGACAACAGCUUCGAAUCAGGGGCUUACCAGUGUCGGGCACCAAGACAGCGCUGGUAGACCGGCUUCGGCCCUUCCAAGAUUGUGCUGGCAACCCUGUGCCCAACUUUGGGGACAUCACAACAGUUACCUUUCCUGUCACGCCCAACUCCUUGCCCAGUUACCAGUCCUCCCCAUCAGGCUUCUACCACUUUGGCAGCACAAGCUCCAGCCCACCCAUCUCCCCCGCCUCAUCUGACUUGUCCGCUGCAGGAUCCCUGCCAGACACCUUCACUGAUGCGUCACCUGGCUUCGGCCUACACGCAUCUCCAGUGCCCGCCUGCACAGACGAGAGUCUGCUGAGCAGCCUGAAUGGGGCCUCGGGCCCCUCUGAGCCUGAUGGGCUAGACUCUGAGAAGGACAAAAUGCUGGUGGAGAAGCAGAAGGUGAUUAACCAGCUCACCUGGAAGCUGCGGCAGGAGCAGCGGCAGGUAGAGGAGCUGAGGAUGCAACUGCAGAAGCAGAAGAGCAGCUGCAGUGACCAGAAGCCACUGCCCUUCUUGGCCACCACCAUCAAGCAGGAAGAUGUCUCUAGCUGCCCCUUCGCAGCCCAGCAGGCAUCUGGGAAGGGACAGGGCCACAGCUCCGACAGCCCCCCUCCAGCCUGUGAGACUGCUCAGAUACUGCCUCACUGUGUGGAGUCCUCAGGUCAAACCCAUGUACUCUCGUCCACGUUUCUCAGCCCCCAGUGCUCCCCUCAGCACUCGCCCUUGGGGGCCCUGAAGAGCCCGCAACACAUCAGCCUGCCUCCAUCUCCCAACAACCAUUACUUCCUUGCCUCCUCUUCUGGGGCUCAGAGAGAGAGCCAUGGGGUCUCUUCACCCAGCAGCAGCCAAGGGUGUGCACAGAACUCAGGGGCACAUGAAGGCCAUCCUCCUAGCUUCUCUCCCUCGUCUUCCAGCCUCCAUCAGCCUUUCUCUGGCACCCAAGCAGACAGCAGUCACAGUGCUGCACUCAACCCUUGUCCCAAAAGCCCAGUUAUUCAUCCAAAGAUGACUGGUUUACAAUCUUCUGACAAGGUGGGGCCAACGUUUUCAAUUCCAUCCCCAACUUUUUCUAAGUCAAGUUCAGCAGUUUCAGAGAUAACCCAGCCCCCAUCCUAUGAAGAUGCAGUGAAGCAGCAAAUGACGCGGAGUCAGCAGAUGGAUGAACUCCUGGAUGUCCUCAUUGAAAGUGGAGAAAUGCCAGCUGACGCCAGGGAAGAUCAUUCAUGUCUUCAAAAAAUUCCAAAGAUACCUGGGUCCUCCUGCAGCCCAACCACCAUCCUCCCCAAGCCCUCGGCUCCCUUUGAGCAGGCAUCUUCAGGAGGCCAGAUCGCCUUUGAUCACUACGCCACUGACAGUGAUGAACACCUGGAAGUCUUAUUAAAUUCUCACAGCCCCAUUGGAAAGGUGAGCGAUGUUACCCUCCUCAAAAUCGGAAGUGAGGAGCCUCCUUUUGACGGGAUCAUGGACGGCUUCCCAGGGAAGGCUGCGGAAGAUCUCUUCAGUGCUCAUGAGCUCCUGCCUGGGCCCCUCUCCCCGAUGCAUACACAGUUGUCACCUCCUUCCGUGGACAGCAAUGGUCUGCAGCUGAGCUUCACAGAGUCUCCUUGGGAAACAAUGGAAUGGCUGGACCUUACUCCACCUAGUUCCACGCCAGGCUUCAGCAACCUUACCUCCAGUGGGCCCAGUAUUUUCAACAUCGAUUUUCUGGAUGUCACGGAUCUCAAUUUGAAUUCCCCUAUGGAUCUUCACUUACAGCAGUGGUAAACACCCGAGGUUCAAG